UAAGUCAUAAGCAUACAUUUGUGUACUUGUUUAGUGUUUACCCUUCCACGCCUUUUUGUUUCCAAUUUCUCCCGUCCAAUAAAUACAUCAACUCGAACCUGGACAGAAUAAUAAUGCGUGACAAAGCAGAGAACAAAAAAUGCGAUCACAACUCACAAUUCUUUCACUUGUUCUGCUCCUUCUUGUCAAUCUAAAAUGGGUGGUUAAAGCUCAAUUAAUUCCGGCUAAAUUCGACGGAUUUGUAUAUGGUAAUCCCAAGAAAUUCAACCCAGAAAGUAUUCUUAUUGAAGCUUUCUUUGAUCCAGUUUGCCCAGAUACUCGGGAUUCUUGGCCUCCUCUUAAACAAAUUCUUCAUCUUUAUGGCUCUAAAGUUUCCCUCAUUGUUCAUCCUUUCCCUCUUCCGUACCAUGACAAUGCGUUUGUAACUUCUCGAGCAUUGCAUAUUGUAAAUGAAUUGAACAGUUCUGCCACAUACUCCUUAUGGGAAAGUUUCUUCAAGGAUCAGGAGAAGUUUUAUAACAAGGAAACAAGCAACAUGACGAGAAACAACAUUUUAGAUCACGUUGUAGACUUCGUAACAAAAUCUGUAGGUCAUGCUUAUUAUUCUGAUGUAAAAUCAGGCUUCAGUGACAGGAAGACUGAUCUUAAAACAAGGGUUUCAUUCAAGUAUGGUUGUUCAAGAGGCGUCUUUGGAACACCGGCUUUCUUUGUGAAUGGUUUUCCUUUGCCUGAUGUUGGCUCUUCCAUAGAUUACAAUGGAUGGAGGAAGAUCAUUGAUCCACUUCUUAGUCCGAAGAGGGAACAUCAAUCUAUGUAGUGUACGAGUCUCGGUAUCUUAAUGUAUUAUAUAUGUUUGCCUCUAGUCAUAUUCUGAAUUCCAUAAAUAAACUUUCAUCAAACAAAUUGUCGUGGGUGAAGUUGGUUUCCAACCUGAGUUUCUGCUAUAUCUGGUAGCCUAUUAUUCAACCGAAGUGGCAACUACUAGUUUCUUUGAAUAUUUUAUUUACUUUUAACAUCGUUAACUCACUCAA